AUGCACUAUUCCUGGGCUGUUGGCGUGCUUUGCACUCUACUUGCUUCAGCUUCCAAGGUUUGUGCCCAAGAGACUGAAGACACCGCUGGACGCAAGACUUGUGUUGUCAAGGCCAGCGGGACCAACACGACCGACGACGCUCCUGCUAUACUCGAGGCAUUCACGCAGUGCGGCCGGCGCGGCAAGGUUGUGUUCGAGCCAACGACAUACUUUGUCAACUCCGCUCUGAAUGUCACUUGGCUGGACGACGUCGAGAUUGAUCUUCAGGGAACUCUGCUGUGGAGUACGAACAUCUCGUACUGGCUUGCCAACUCGCUGGACGUGGGGUAUCAGAAUCAGUCCACUGCAUUCAUCCUCGGCGGUAACAACGUUCGUCUCAACGGCCAUGGGCAAGGCACUUUUGAUGGUAACGGCGACUACUGGUAUGAGUGGAUCAGACAGCAGGCCAACACUUCCAAUUACCCUGGUCGUCCGCAUGCUCUCACUCUCAACGGGUUGAGAAACUCUGUUGUGAAGGGGGUAAACUUCUUGAGAAGUCAGAUGUGGACCUUGUCCAUCAUCUACUCUCACAACGUUGUCCUCGAUAGCAUCUUGGUCAACAACACCGGAAACCGAUUCCAAAGCUCGAACACGGACGGAGCCGACACGAUCCGGUCCUCCGGCAUCAAGUUCAAUAACUGGACUGUCUACAGCGGCGACGAUAGCAUCUCUCUCAAGGCAAACAGCACUGAUGUCAGCAUUACAAACUCCAAGUUCUACAAUGGCUUAGGCAUUGCGCUUGGUAGCAUUGGACAAUACAACGACCAGUUUGAGACCAUCGAGAGGCUGAAAGUCGAGAAUUGCUUCUUUGACAACACGUUGCAUGCCGUCUACUUCAAAACUUGGACGGAUGAUCAGAACGGCUACCCUCCCAAUGGCGGCGGCGGCGGGCUUGGUUUUGCGUCGGAUAUGUCUUUCAAGAACCUCACCGUUCAGGGCAUGCGCGGUGCUGCAUUUGCAAUCUCCCAGUGCACCCGUUUCCGCGGCGCACCUGGAGUGGGCAACUGCACCAACUCGCAAUUCCAGAUUCGUGACAUCACCCUCAAUGGCAUGGUCGGCACGACCAAGUCAUCCCGCGUUGCCAGUCUCCAAUGCAGUGCUGUUGCACCCUGCACCAACAUCGGUCUCUUCGAUGUCGACCUAGAGUUUGCCAACGGGACUGCUGCCACUUCAUACCUUUGCGGAAAUGCUGUGAGCCCGCAGGGCUUCAAUUGUACUGGGACUCCUUGUGUUGGAGGAAGCGCAACGGGUGAAUGUUGA